AACCCUUAGAAAUAAUGGCUGAUGCAUUGACAGAAGAUCAGAUUGCUGAGUUCCGGGAAGCGUUUAGCUUGAUCGAUAAAGACUCCGAUGGGUUGAUCACGGUGGAUGAAUUGGCGUAUGUGAUUCAAUCGCUGAAUGGGCAUCCGACGAAGGAAGAAAUUCAAGAAAUGAUGAAUGAGUUUGAUGCUGACGGAGAUGGCACCGUUGAUUUCGAAGACUUUUUGAGCAUUAUGGCAAGAAAGAUGAAGGAAAAUAUAACAGAGGAGCUGAAAGAAGCUUUCAAAGUUUUCGAUCGGGAUCAAGAUGGAUUUAUAUCGGCAAUUGAGUUGAGAAAUGUGAUGUUGAAUUUGGGAGAGAGAUUAAGUGACGAAGAAGCUGAACAAAUGAUUAGAGAAGCUGAUUUAGAUGGAGAUGGACUUGUCAGCUACGACGAAUUCGUCAGGAUGAUGAUGCUGAUGUUAGCUUCAUCUUGA